AUGACAAAGGGACUUCAUGACUUCGUCACACCACUAUUUGAGAUCACAUACAUGAGUGAUCCUCCCCCAUUUUCCUUGAAAGGCUCUUUGGAGCGGAUUCGUGGGUGGAAUGUGUACAGGCUACCUCCUCUGUGGAACCACGGCAGCGAGAAACGGUACAAGUGCACGCACCGACUUCACCGGAACCAACGCAUGCCAUAUGAACUGUCCAAUGUCACCGGGGAUCCCAUCGCCGGCAUGUACGUCAACCCUCGGCCGGUCCUUCGCUACCAACUGAACCCAUACCGACCGCCGCACUUGCCACCUCCUUUAGGUUUUGAAGACUGCAUUUACCGGAAUCAGAGGCCGAGUCUCCGUGAGGUGUUUAUGGAGUUGGUGCCAUUGCGUCCUGGCGUUGACGUGAACGAUGCGUUGUCUUUGGGAGCGGCACACGGUGCGUGUGGUGUUCAACUGUACACAGAGGCCACCGGCGUCUUCGAGGAAUUUCCCCGCAACGAGGAAAAUGGCCUCGCCCUCAUCUAUUCCACCGUCCCCUGGGCGAGGGAGGAGCUGCAAACCACUUUUGAUGCUGGUGCCGAGGCCCCUUCCCUAAUUGUGGAUGAUGUGUUCAUCAGCUGGGCUACGCUUGGCCUAUUGAGCCUCAACGAGUUGAGUGACGCUGGCGCGCUGCACACGGAGGAGGAUCAGUGGGCUGGUCUUUUUGAUUGCUACUUGACCGCGUGA